AACCUCCGGCAGCAAGAACACUGCGCCCAGGGAAGGGGAGGAAUCUCGUCCCCCUCGGCGCCCGCCCGCUGCUGUGGCCCGGCCUCCACAUCCUCCACAUCCGCCCACAUCUGGCCGCGGAGGGGCGUGAGGGGGAGGGGCCGAGGCCGUGUCUGUCGCGGUCCCCUGGGCACUCGCCAGGAAGGGAGAAGGGGGCCAGCUCAGGUCGUGUGCCGUGCCUGGGACUCCGGAGUCCCUGUAGAAGCAACUCUGGUUGCAACCCCCCCCCAAGGCUCGGUUUUGACAGGCGGGCGCAACAGCCAGUGCGGAGUCGCGGAGGCCGGCGGGGUGCGGGAACCUGAUCCAGCCGGGAGGCGGGGGCGGGGCGGGGGCCCGGGUGCUUGGGGAGGGGCCGGCGCCCGCCUUCCUCCCCCAUUCAUUCAGCCGACCGUGGGGGCCGAGGGGCUCGGGCGGCCAGCUCGGCACUGGGAGCGGGAGCGCGCAGAGCCGGGGCUCCGCGGGACUCCCUGCGCACCAGCCACCAUGUCCGACCCCGCGGUCAACGCACAGCUGGACGGGAUCAUUUCAGACUUUGAAGCCUUAAAGAGAUCCUUUGAAGUCGAGGAGAUUGAGCCACCCAACUCCACACCACCCCGGAGGGUCCAGACCCCUCUGCUCCGAGCCACGGUGGCCAGCUCCAGCCAGAAAUUCCAGGACCUGGGCGUGAAGAACUCAGAGCCUGCUGCUCGCCUUGUAGACUCCCUGAGCCAGCGCUCCCCCAAGCCGACCCUACGGAGGGUGGAGCUGGCAGGGGCCAAGGCAUCUGAGCCUAUGUCUCGCCGCACCGAGCUCUCCAUUGACAUCUCCUCCAAGCAGGUGGAGAACACAGGCUCAGCUGCUGGGCCCUCACGGUUCGGGCUUAAGAGGGCCGAAGUCCUGGGCCAUAAGACCCCAGAACCAGUCCCUCGGAGGACGGAGAUCACCAUAGUCAAGCCUCAGGAGUCAGUGCACCGCAGAGUGGAGACCCCUGUCUCCAAGAUCCCCGAGGUCCCUGCUGUACCUGCCACUGAUGUAGCCCCCAAGAGGGUAGAGAUCCAGGUGCCCAAGCCAGCCGAGGCACCCAACUGCCCACUCCCGCCCCAGACCAUGGAGAACUCGGAGGCACCAGCAUCUCAGCUGCAGAGCCGGCUGGAGCCCAGGCCCCCUGUGGCUGUGGCUGAGGCCCCGUACCGGAACCAGGAGGGCUCCGAAGUGGCUCCCGGCUGUGUUGACGACAUGGCUGACAGCCCUAGAGAUGCCGUGCUCAAGCAAACACCCGUGUCACGGAAUGAGAAGGCCCCCGUGGACUUUGGCUACGUGGGGAUCGACUCCAUCCUGGAGCAGAUGCGCAGGAAGGCCAUGAAACAAGGUUUCGAGUUCAACAUCAUGGUGGUUGGGCAGAGUGGCCUCGGGAAGUCCACCUUAAUCAACACCCUCUUCAAGUCCAAAAUCAGCCGGAAGUCGGUGCAGCCCACCUCGGAGGAACGCAUCCCCAAGACGAUUGAAAUCAAGUCCAUUACCCACGAUAUCGAGGAAAAGGGGGUCCGGAUGAAGCUGACGGUGAUCGACACUCCAGGCUUCGGAGACCACAUCAACAAUGAAAACUGCUGGCAGCCUAUUAUGAAGUUCAUCAACGACCAGUACGAAAAGUACCUGCAGGAGGAGGUCAACAUCAACAGAAAGAAACGCAUCCCCGACACGCGUGUGCAUUGCUGCCUCUACUUCAUCCCGGCCACCGGCCACUCGCUUAGGCCCCUGGACAUUGAAUUCAUGAAGCGCCUAAGCAAGGUGGUCAAUAUUGUCCCGGUCAUCGCCAAGGCUGACACGCUGACCCUGGAGGAAAGGGUCUACUUCAAACAACGGAUUACUGCAGACCUGCUGUCCAAUGGCAUUGAUGUAUACCCCCAGAAGGAGUUUGAUGAGGAUUCAGAGGACCGGCUGGUGAAUGAGAAGUUCCGGGAGAUGAUCCCGUUUGCUGUGGUGGGCAGCGACCAUGAAUAUCAAGUCAAUGGCAAGAGGAUCCUGGGACGGAAGACUAAGUGGGGUACCAUUGAAGUUGAGAACACCACUCACUGUGAAUUUGCCUACCUGCGGGACCUCCUCAUUAGGACACACAUGCAGAACAUCAAAGACAUCACCAGCAGCAUCCACUUCGAAGCCUACCGAGUGAAACGCCUCAACGAGGGUAACAGCACCAUGGCCAACGGGGUUGAGGAGAAGGAGCCAGAAGCCCAGGAGAUGUAGACGCCAUCCUGCCCCUGGACCCCACCCCCAAAUCUUCUCAUCCUCCCCGGCCCACCCACCUACCCUGUCUUAUUUUAUAUAAUUGUCUUCAUUUGUCACCCGCCUCCUUCUCUUUCCACACUCUGCCCAGUAACAAGAGAGGGCUUAUCUGCCAAGUGUGCUCUUAUUGGCUGCAGCAGCAGGGUGGGCGGGACUACAGCCUGGGCUUGUCUCUGUGCCCAGCUCUCUCCCCAAGCUGGGAAGGCUAGACCAGGCUCAGCCCCUCCUGAGGGGUUAGAAGAGCUGUGUGUCCAUGCCCGCUCUGAGUUCUGAGCUGAAGCCUGUAGGGACCGAAUCCUAGGGGUUGCAGAGGAGCCCAUGAAGCCACAAGUCCCCGUGGCCACAGCCCCAAAAGCAGGCUGCACCCAGAGAAGGAUGGAGCUGGCCAGGUAGUCCUGGAGCCCCGCCUGCCCCUCCACCAGCCAUGAGUCAUUGCUUACAGCCCCCUCAGCUGCCUGCUCCCCAAGGAGGCUAGAGACAUCCACAACCAAAGUUGCCAAUCACUUAGACAUAGUGACAACCAUGCCCCGUCUCCCUCAAGUUUGUCUCAGAGCAGAAAGUGCCUUGAUCCACAAGAGCCAGUCACGUCUUCCCAGAUGUCCCUCUGGGUGAAAUGCAGGGACAUGCUGGAGAGAAGUCUUUCUCCCUCCCCUGGGUCCCCUUUCCCCCCUGUGCUGUAGACUCCGCUACUGCACCGGGCUUUAAUUAUAAAAACAUAGCAUGAAAGAUGGCCCCACCCCCACUCCCAGUCUUAGGUCUGAGCAGACUUGGUGGAAGGAAGAGCGCAUGGGAGCUGUUCUGCUCCGUGCCAGGGGAAAGUAUGUCUGUCUGGUCCUGGGUUUGGCCGGAUCUGCUCUGGCUACAUUGUUGCCCAGUUGCCUCAUCCCUCCUCCUCCCCCCCCCCUCAGGCUCAAGCCUUAAUUCACUGACUUCCCUAGGUGGGAGCCAGGAAAACCUGGCCAUUUUGCUGUCUACAUGCACCUAAACCGCUAUGUCCCAGAACCCCAAGGGCACCAGAGAUGGAUAGCCAGACCACAGGCAAGGUUUCAUAGCAGAGCUAGGCUCCUUCAUCUUCUCUCAGAACUGCUAGGGACCAUCCAUGCACAGCCGACCAAAGCCACGCCCUUUCUGCUUGCCCGCCUCUCUUGUCCUGACUCUGGGAGGAGUUUGGUGGGUGUGGACAGGUUGGACCAGCUUGGGGAAGGUGCGGCUACAGACCCUGGGCUAGCUUCUUGCAGUGGGAGAGGUGGGGUGCAGACUGAUGAGGGAUACUCAUGAUUCCCUGUGUUGGGUGUCCUACUCCCCCACCCCAGCGUGGAAGGCCACCUCAUCGAGCCCUGUAGCCGAACAGUUCAUUCCUUUGCCAGCUUGCCAAAUUCUUUUGCCAAAAAAUCAGGACUUUGAAGGAAAUCUUCAGCAUGCUGGACCCCCGGCACCUUGGCCUUCCCCAGCCCCAGUGUCCCUGGGGACUUAGCAGCAGCCCAGUGUCAUCAGGGUGACAUCAUGCCUCUGUAACCAGCCACUGAAAACUGUUCAUCUGACCAGGCUGUUCCACGCGGCCUUUCACUGGGGGCCUCCUGGGGGAGGAGUCUCUCUUUUUGUAUAAAUAACAAAGUGUCGAAAUGUAUUUCCUGAAAUAAAUGUUUCAAAUACAA